UGGCACUGGCACAGUCAUGAGGGUUCUGCCUAUUGUGAUACUGACCCUUAUUGCAGUAUAUUCCGACGAAGUCGUCUCAGCCAGAAGAGAAAAAAAGAACAGCGAUGGACCGUGUGGCAAGCGAUUUAUGCGUCAGAUUCACGGAAAGUGUUAUUACCUUGCCCCCAAGAAGAUGAAUUGGUUUGGAGCAUUAAACAAUUGCUUGCGCAAGGGUCUCAGUUUGGCCAACUUGCAAACUAAUGAAGAGCUACAGGCAAUUGUUGAAUUCAUGGGAUCGAAGGGCAACUUGGAAGACUUUUGGUUUGGCGGAAAUGAUCUUCAAUCUGAGGGUUACUUCACCUAUAUCAGCAAUGGUCAGCCGGUCACAUUCCAUGGAGUGGAGCCUACGCAACGCUCCAAUAUGGAUGAUUGUCUAGAGAUUCGGUUGCGUGAAAAUUCCUCCACGAUAACCGAUGAAAAUUGCUAUGAACCGCAGUAUUUCAUCUGCGAGGAGAAUAAUCAGAAAUGUGCCCAACCCGUCUACGAGCGAGCUAAUAAUGAGCAUCAUAGUCACGAGCAUUUGCAUCACUUCCACCACGAUGCUGCAAAAGGUGAGGUCGUUGAAGAGGGGAGCGAGGAAAGUGUGGAAAGCGAUUCACGGCCGGCUGAUAAUUCGAAUUCAACGGAAGACGCCAAAUCGCCGGAGAGCGAGGAAGAGACGGAAGAUACGGAAGACGAAAACGGAUCAGAAAUUAUGGAAAGCGGCGGUGAUCAAAGCUUACCAUCGUAUGAGGCAGGAGGAGAACCGCAAGAUGAACUUAAUAUACAUAACAAAAAGGAAGACAACGCCACGACAAGCGAUGGAGCAACAUCGUCACCAGCCGAAGGUGAAACUACCGCAGCACCCGUUGGUGAAACUGGAGUAACAACGGCAGCAGCUGAGGGCGGUGAAACAACUGCCUUAGAGGGAGCUCCAGAAACAGCAACAGCUCCAGCCGAAGCUGCCCCUGCAGAGGCUGCUCCGGCGGAGGCUGCUCCAGCAGAAGCUGCUCCAGCGGAGGCUGCUCCAGGAGAAGCUGCUCCAGCGGAGGCUGCUCCAGCAGAAGCUGCUCCAGCAGAGGCUGCUCCAGCGGAGGCUGCUCCGGCGAAUGAUGAGCCAGCAGGUCGUGCUCCUGUUGCCAAUCCUCUUAGCUUUGACAUGGAAGAUGAAUAAGCUUCUAGCUAGCCAACCUGAGAUCUGCACACCUACCAGAUGACGCACGAUGGAGUUCAAGGGGAAAUUAAACACGAGGAACGAAGAACCCGAUUUUCUUUGUAUAAUAAUCAAUAAAUCG